CCCCGGGUCAGUCAACCUGAGAUGUAGACCAUGAACCUUUUGUUUCUGUCAAUUCAAAAGUAUGAUCGUGCCUUUCCUCGCUGGCUGACAGACUUGUUAUCGAACCGAGCAUAUCCAGCGCAUCGACAGCCAGAAAUUACAACGUCUCUGACAUUUUUCCGGCAAAAAGCCUCUCCAAUUCAACUUCGUGUGACUUUAGUCAAAGCCGCAUGCCGCAUAUUUUUUCGCAUGAUGGGGUGGCUUAGACAAUAUUUAUAAAUCUAAAGAGCAUUUAUGCGAUGCCAAAAAUAAAGCGAGGGAUGGAAACGCCAGAACAUUGCAUUGGGUAUUUUUAGGAAUGGCUGGAAGCAACAAUUCUUGCUUGUGGUGCACCACUGCGUUUUGGGGAGAGUUCGUACAUUGUGAUCCCGCAAUUGAAUUUCGUCUGAAUGCCAUAACCAUGGCUAUUGCAAUAUAAAAGUUUUCAACCACGUUUUUUCUUAUCUCGACGUACAUUAAACACAUUUCCAUCACGCAAAAUCAAGAACUCUUUUCCGUCUAAUACCCAAAGCAAAUCUGAUUUUUGAUAUGAAGAAUGUUUCAUUCGAAAAAUUUGUGAAUGUCAGAUAAUGCCACAAAUUAUUCGAAAUCUAUCGCUAGACUCUGACCGUGAGUUACAGUCUGUCG